UGGUGAAAAAACUAGAAAUGAUUGAAUGCUAGGAAAAAUGAAACUGGCACAACUAAAUCGAUAAUUUGCAUUAUUAUAUAUAAACAGUAUUUGAAUAAUACCAAAGUGUUUCUUCAACAGUUGUUUUGCUAAAUAUUGUGUAGCUUCGUAUUAAUGAUAUAUCGUUAUCAGCAAUAAACGUGAAAAGGAAAUAAUUUAUAUCAUCAGUCUGGUUCGAAAGAGUUUUUGAAUGUACGUGGAAAGCAAGUGAAAAAUGUUAUUUUUCGACAUAUUGGAAAAGCUACUAAAAGAAAGCGAGGAAUAGAAAUCAGUGCACUACGAAUAUAAUGGCAUUAUUCAAUAAGCUGUUUUCAACUACAAAGAAGCGCAGCACAAGUUCAUCAACUCAAAAAUCUACCUCAGGACAGCAGUUUUCCGCUGAGCAAGUGCGCGUCAUUCUUUUUCGUGAGUGUGAUAUCCGAGGGCGCAAACUUUUGUUUGAUUCAAGUGCAGUCGAGAAACUAACCGAUGCCUCAACAUCAACAGUCACAGCCACAUCUUGUGGUAAAACCAACGGCAAUAAAACAAUGCCGCAAUGCCAGAAAUGCGAUCAUUGUAAAGUGCUGUAUCAGCAUAAUGCCAAUCCCAAGGAGGAUAUCAAACCACUGGCUGAAAUGGUCUUCGGCUCUGCUCCAAUUGCAUUUCAAGGUAGCAGUUUGAAGGUACAUUGGCUGACAAAUCCAAAAACUAUUAUGUAUUCGCAUGUUUUUCCCACAUCGAUCCGUCAAGCUGGUGGCAACAGUAACAAUAGUUACUGUAGUAAAAAGCUGUCAUCCUCGUCGUAUUUGGGUUCAGAUUUAUCCGGAAACGGUAAUGGACAGGGUGCGUUCUAUUUCGAACGCCAUCCCUCGGGUAGUGAUCUCAGUUCAUUAGAUACAACUUCGCUGAGAUCAUUCACUGUGACAUCAUCGACUUCGACGCAGUAUGAUACAUCCUCCAACCAUCGACAGAGACCGCCCCUUCCGAUAGAGUUUGCACAUUUGGAACGAAUAGCUGAUCCACGUCUGUCAACUAACAGCGGGCUGGAUUCGGGUUAUGGCGGAACAGACCCAUGGCAUUUGUCGUCAAACAACUCAUGCCAACCGCAAUCCUCUCAUCGUAGUAGCUUAGCAUCAAUUUGUAGCGAUUUGGAAUGCUUUCGUAGACUUACGGAUCCCAGUAUUGAUAUUCCGCAGACUGGGUAUGACGUUAGCGCAAACGAUUGCAGUCAGUAUGGUAGUUUUCACAGACGAGUGUCGAAAAAUAUAUCUACCUCAUUCGAAAACGGAGGUACCCUAGCCGACCACGUUGGCUAUGUUGACGAGUUCAGCCCGGCUGGUUCGGUGAGCGGUAAUACUUGUCAAGUAGCGGCAAGUGAUGGCUGUGUUGGUGGCAGAAACCGACGGAAUAGUGAAACUAUGGAACUAACUCGACGGAAGGCAUUCAGUGGCGAAGUGUUAUCAACAGCAACUAAUUAUCAUGGAAGACUUCCAAAUAAGAAAGCUCGACUAGGCGUGGGACUGUGCAUCCAGCUUAACGAUGGAGUGAUACAAGAAAUCGAUGCAUUCUGUUCAGAACAUAUGAGUAUAUUUGAGUCCAUACUCUGCCGACUGCGAGUGGCUGCUGAAAAAGCGUGUUAUCAUUGGCCACAAUUUCUGCAGAUUAUGCUUGCCGCAUGGCACUCGACUCAGCAAUGGUUAGUGGAUUUCUUCACGGCCCCGCGGUUGGAGAAUCCGGUCUGGAUUACACUAAGCAACGGAUCGCAUGGUAGUAGCAUUUAUCCCAAUAAGAAAAUGCUCACAAUCGCCAACAAUUUUAUGAAUGAUCUGUGCUCUCUGCUAUCGUUGAUCGAUACCAAGGAUACGAAAUUAUUCAUCAGCACACUGCUGACUGCAGUUUUAACACAUCACCUAGGUUGGGUAAGCACCAUAGCUCCAGUUAGUAACGGAGAAAUAGUGGACGAAUCAGAGAGUAGCUCGGUUCAACAGCAUGGAAAGGAAAAACUGUCCAAAAUUAGCGCCUACCAUCCAUACAGUGUGCUAUGGGCUCAACUGAGCGACUUGUAUGGUGCAGUCGGUCAUCCGGUGAAACUAUCAAAAACUAUCAUUUGUGGAAGUUCUCAAUUGAGCAACACGAUGGACAAGAUUCUUAAUGUACUCUCCUACUUUAUUCGGUGUAGCGAAAUCAAGCGAAAUGUUCAUGUGGAGGCAUUUGACGAAAGUAAAGUGAAGCAAGCCUUUGUCGCUCAGAAAAUCGUUAACAAUAGCAGUAGUACUGACAGCUCUGCCAAAGUACUCGGAGACAAUAGCAAGUGUGAGCGCAAAUCCCCCCGACUAAUGCGAACUGGUUCCGGUAUGAUUAGGUCAGCUACAAGAACGAAAGAUUUGAUUGCCAUGGGAAGCGGAGAUGUUACUGGCAGUCCCGUUGAUGGCGAGCUUUCUAAAUUGCUGAAGAAAACUGUCAUGAACGACAUCCCAAACGUAUUAGUUUAUCGAGACUCUAGAUUUGUACAACAAGAGCUUAGAAUCGGUAAUAAAAGCAUGGACACAGAAUUAGUAAUGGAUGAGGGUCAAAAACAUUUCCUGGAAGUAAUUUAUCAUAUCAAGAAAGAAGUUGGGGCAUCUCAGAUCAGAAUGACUUUAACGCAACCAGAUGAGACGGGUCAGGAAGCUAUAGAAUUAGACGCAAAUGAUAGGGACGAUGUAGAAUCUAUACAUCUUUCUCGACGUAUUACCGACACCAAUAUUGGUGAGGGAGAAAAGGGUCAACGAAUAUUAUGGGGUUUAGACCGUAUCAAAGAGGGUGUUUCGAUGGAACAGCUCAGGUAUAUUGAUGGACUUCGGGGUGAUUAUGAAGUUUUAAUGCAUAACAAACCUAAACAAGAUGUUGUGUUUGUAUUGGGUGAUAAUGAAAAACUGGUUAACAUCAAGCGGGCAGAUUUUAAUCCAGCUGCUGAUAAAACUUCUGAGUUGGGAGCCGUUGGUGGCAAAAAACCCUGUUCCCACAGCAAACUUCGCAAACAUUCCUUCAAAUUUAACUUUGACCGCUAUCCGAAGGUAGUGGAAAAUUACUUAAAAAGUCAAAAUCUCGAACUUACUGAAUACGACUACUUAGACAAAGGUAUAAAACUGGAAAUGGCUCUGAGACCUAACUUGGGAACCGAAUCGGUAGCACCUGUUUUUGAUUCUACCGAGGAAGAAUGUGACAUAUGUAGAAACGCAUCGCUAGUCUAUUUACAAACUCCCACUAACGCAUCCGAACUAGAGUUUUCAAAUGAUAUAAACGAAGGCAGCAGUUUUAGUUCAUUUCCCGAAUCCACUAGUAAGUCAAGCUUCGAAGAAGACUUUCAUAGAUAUCCCGAAAAUCAACAACAAGACAACAUUCCGAAAAUAUACACAAAGGCAAUGGCUACUCUGGAUGAAAACUCUGAAUUAAGAGUUAAGCAUCCUGAUAGUAUUCUGAAGUUAAUAGAAAUUCCAAUGUCGAAACCGAGCAGUUUGGCCAGUCCAAAUGACGAGAAUAACAAUGAUAAGACUCAUUUACUAGGCCGUUCUGUUCCAACAAAAGCAGGAUUUAUACCUUCACUUUUAUCUCGCGUUACUGAUCACUACAUCCCAGAUAUGAUUCUGCAAGCGACGACUGCCUCGCCUAUAAAAUGGGAGAAAGCGUUAAGAAAGGAUCUCGGUUUCGCAUCUCGAUUUGCACUAAUGGAACAGUAUCCAGUAGAAAAUCUAGCUAUCAUUGCUAAUUUGGAGACCCACGACGUUCGAAUCGUAUCGUCGCACAACUCGUCCCUCGCUCCACUAUCUAAUGUGCUCGAAGGAGAAGUAGUUGGUAUGUCCCAGUUGGUGUCUUCGAUGCUGGAAACCGUCCACGCAAUGUGGUCUUCCGGUUUGUCAGCAUUUCAGUGUAUGGCAUACAUCGAGUCAAAAAUGCGCGAAUUUUAUUUACAAUCGGAAACAAUUGCUAGUUUUCUGCUUGCUACAAAUUUUUGCACCAUUGGAUCGAUAUGCUCCGCGUUAGACAUCACAGCCAAUGAUAUGCCCUUGCUGUUAUCGGUAGCAUCCAUACACGCCCCAGAAGUAACCAAACGAUAUGUAAUUCGAUGACGAGCUUGCACUAAUUAAUAUAGUGAGUUUAUGAAAAUAAUCGCUCCUUUGUGAUAUUAGAAUUAAGGUCCAUUGCAGCUGCUGCGUUGAGCGCUUCAGGAAGAUCUGCUAGGUGAUAGGAGAUUAUUUACAGAAACCAUAGAAUUAAGUAUUUCUGCAUUAUUAAUGAAGAGCUCUCUCAUCGUGGGUGGUAACGCUUUAAUAUGAUUACUGACCGUUUGUGAUCUGAGAUUGUGUAGAUAAUAUUCUUAUUUUCAUUUGCUCGCUAAAACAAUGAUACAGGCGAAGUACCAACACGAUGAAAAAAUCCAAUCACGCGAAACCAAAUAUAGUCUGAUCAGGUCAUA